AUGGCUGCCCAAGUGAACGGUGAAGUCCAUCCUUCAUCUGCGACCCUGUCGCAUAUCACAGGAUACCCGGUCGUCAGCGACAGCAUCGCCUACAUCAAGAAAAACCCAUAUGGUCAAAAGUCGAUAGAGUUGGGUGAUUCUGCCUACAAGGCAUUCGCCAAGCCCGUAAUCCCAUAUUUCGCCAAGCCCUACCAAUAUGUCUCGCCUUACCUGAAGAAAGUCGAUGUGAUCGGCAAUGACACCUUGACUAAGAUUGACGAACGCCUCCCCGCUCUGAAGAAACCGACUGGCGAAUUAUGGACUGAUGGCAAGAACCUUUUCUUCUUCCCCGUCCGCAAAGGGUUGGAAACCAAAGAUCAUGUCUUUGACAUCUACGGCUCCGAGUACAAGAGAGUUGGUGGCGACGGCCUAGUGACCUCUGGCAAGGCACUUGUCUCGACCGGUCUCGUAGUCACUAGCGAGGCGCUUACUUGGGUUGGCGACUUUUUGAGAGCUGGAAAGGUGCAAGCCAAGGAAACCGGCAACGACCUAGCUCGACAGGCCAACCACUAG